GAUUCAACUCAAUGCACACUGAGAAGUAGGUGUGUUCUGAGUGUUUGAAGUCAUCAGAACAGCUGUCCAUCUAACAACAUGACAGUAGCCGAACAAAGAGUCUAUUCCAGGCCUACCAGCAACACAUGAUUUGUGUGAUUUAAACAGCAGACUGUGGAUGUUACGAUUCACUAAACGCAGCAGAGUAGAAAAAUAGACAUUAAGCUAAAAAACCGCGAGAUUAGCUAGAAGGAAAACACGUCUCGACUCUGUUGCUAUGGAGACACGCCGAGUACUAUGUCAACUUGUGAAAACGGACCUCAUGUUUGAUACAGUGUUGCUAGCAUUAGCUUAGUUUACAACCUGUCACGUUUUUAGUUAUUUGAUAAGAAACAUUGGAACAUUCUCUUUCUCUCUGGAGGCAGAGGCAUGUCGCAAAGGUAAAGUUCCCCGCAGCCACAGACGUUACUGCCGCAUGAUCAGCGGCUACCGAAGGAUAUACAACAAGCUGUGGGCAGAAGCCCAGGAAGAGCUGAGUGGUCUGCUAAUUGAAGAACAGUCUGCUGUGCCCUCUCGCCCUGAAAAGGACAGGGUAGUGUUCUUCCAGCAUGUGGCCAAGCUUUAUGUACACUACCUCCAGAUCUUUAGACAGCUGGAGGAGGUCUAUGACCAGGUUGUCCACCCUCAGAAGAGACGAAAUAUUCGGCUGACUCUUGACGGUGUGAUGGGGAGGGUGCUAGAGCUGAAGAAUGAAAUGGUUGAAAAAGAGUAUUUAGAAUACCACUACAUGGAUGAUAUACUUCUCGACUUGAAACUCACUCCGGCAGCCCUUGAGAUCCCUAUCCCUCGCUACUUCAUCCAUGAACAGGACAAAGGCGUCCAAGAAAAAAAGAAGAUCUUGAGCGAUACCUUUGAAAAGGUGGAGGUUACUGAAAGCCCAGAACCUCUAAUGACCAAGGACAUGACUCAAGAAGAGGCUGUUACGUUCAUUCAGGUGAUGGAGAGGGCCCGCCAAGGAUGCCUCAGGGCAAAGUUGAAUAAAGCGAGCAGGAAAAUGAACAUGAGCAAAGACCCGGGAGCAGUUGGCACUGAGUCGGCUGUGAUCUGCAUUCAGAAGAUGUGGAGAGGCUACAUAGAGAGGAAGAGGACAAAAAUUGCUCGAGAUGAAGAAAUGAUUAUACUUGGUAUGGCCAUGGAUCCAAAAUACCAGGUGCCAUCCCCUGCAGAAAUCACUCCCCACACGAAUGAGGCUUGGACAUUGCUUAAACAGGAGUAUGAGGAAGAUUACCAAAAAUCUGUAGAGGCUGUCACAAACUACAUACGAGAUGUGGAGGGUCCUGACAUAAGCGAGACAAUGAAAAACCAAAUCCGGCAGUGGUUCUUUGAAUGCCGUGACACUACUGGAUCAUUUCCAGACUACCCUGAUGAAGAAAAUGGAGGCUCAGCUCUCAUUUUUGCAGUAAAGAGCCCUCAAGAGCUAAAGAACGAAAUUGCUGCAAAAGAACAGGAAGAUUCUAACUACAGACCAAACAGGAAGGAGGCAGAGAAACAAAAGGGGAAAGGUGACAAAGACGAAGAGGAGGCAGGAUUGAAGAUGCUGCCUUCAGCUUUUCUGUCAGACUUGGAAGUGGCAAACAAAAUCUUUGAAGAUUUUUGGAAAAAUCGGGAUGAUUCCAAAAACUUCAGCCAGAGACACGAGGUGGAGCUGAUUAAGGAAGAACAGAGGAAACUAAUUGAGAGAGAGAUUCAAGCCCAGGUAGAUAAGGAGAUGAGACAGGAGCUGGCCAAAUGGAAGCUAGAUGUAGACAAAGACAGAGGUGGUAAAACCAAAGGAAAUACCAAGAAAAAGAAAGGUUCUAAGAGUGGAAAGAAGAAGAAAAAGGAGAAAGAUCUGACAGCUCACCGGUCUCUUGACUCUCUGUGUGAAGAGCUGGUUCAACGGGGCUUGUUGAAAAGGCCAAAUAAUGUUAGGAUGCAGGAUUACUUGGGUGACUAUAACUACCUUGCGACAACACUGAGGCAAAAUGACAUUGAGCCCAUGCCAUCAUUGUCAGAUGUGCGACAAGUUUUAUCUCUAUACGCAAUUUUACCGUUAGGCUCUCAGGUUGUACAUGAGAAAACACCUCUGAUAAAGGCUAUCUUACUGGCAGGGCCAGAAGGUGUCGGCAAGACGAUGCUGGUCCAUGCAAUCUGCCACGAGACAGAUGCCACCCUGUUUGAUCUGUCCCCUCUGAACACAGCAGGAAAAUAUCCUGGCAGGAAUGGCCUUGCGAUGAUGCUUCACAUGGUCUUUAAGGUUGCAAGAUUGCUGCAGCCUUCGGUAAUAAGGAUUGAAGAUGCGGAGAAAAUGUUCUACAAGAAAGUUCCCAAGGAGGAAAGAGAGUUAGAUCCUAAGCGGCUGAAGAAAGAUCUGCUCAAGUAUAUUAAGAUGAUCAAAGCGGAUGAUCGGAUUCUCAUAGUAGGAACAACUAAAGACCCACAGAGUGCUGAUAUAAAGUCACUUUGUAAAAUGUACAGUAAAAUCAUCCUCAUCCCAAGACCUGCCUAUGGCUCAAGAUACAUCUUGUGGGAGCAACUGAUCAAAAAGCAGGGAGGUGAGGUAACCAAGGCCCUGGACCUCAGCUCUCUUGCAAAGAUUUCUGAUGGUUACACUCCAGGUCACAUGGUUCAGGUGAUCCAGAGUGUCGUCACCAAGCAUCGCAUCCUGCAGCAGGCGAAAAGACCUCUGACUGCCACUGAGUUUGUUGUUCCAUUAGCCAGGAUCGACCCUGUUUUUCAGCUAGAGGAGGACGCCCUUAAAAACUGGUAUAAUAAGACCCCUCUGGGAAAGAAGCGGAUUAAGGCUGCCACGGGAAAGCAAGAAGAAGAGGCACCAGUUAAAGGAAAAAAUGCUAAGAAGAAAGGAAAAAAAUAAAUUUGUCCUGUUUUUAGUACAGCUGAAUGUAGUGUUAAAGCUUGACUGGUGAGGUUCACACUGUCCCAUUUACUCCCGGCAAAACAAACAAAUUAAAAGCAGUCAUUUUGUUUUUGCUGUGUGUUUUAACAACUGAUAAUAAAGUGAAUUAGUGUUUCCACUUA